GUUCCCCCUCGCACCGGGCGGCCACCCUCUUGGCACGCUGGAAUGACGUCUGCACCCAAUCCCGCGCCCUUUCCAUCACCUCCCUUCAUGUACCAGGCUCUUCCAGCCAUGGUACCACUCGCGCCUCCCAGCGAAUACACCCAUCAUCGCCGGCGGUCUGACGGAGCUCUACCGCAGCCUACAUGGGUCGCUGUUCCUGCCUAUCCUACAUUUCUGACGCCUCCCAUGUACUCGAAGCCCCUUCCCACCCGACCUAUGCAUCAGCUGCACCCCUUGCUAAGUGGCGAGGGUCCUGGAGGACCACCGCUCCUAUUUGAUUUGUCACUGCAUUCAUUCAAGGCUGCACGCCUUACUGGUGCUGGGCGGUCGGACGGUGUAGCCUUGUCGAAGGAGGAGCUCAGCCAACUAGCCACGCAUCCGUCUGUCAAGCGCAUGACGAUCACCUGCGAAGCUAUCCCAAAAUGGCCUAUCGAACUGAAGCCACCCGAGGAAAAAUCGAACUUUCUUACCAUUCCUUUCGCUUCGCACGAUGUGCCUAUCACGCUUGGCGACGUGCUCAUCGCCAUUCACAAGGAGCUGCAGCGUCCCAUUACUCAUGUCGAUUGGGCAAAGCUAUCGCAGGAGAACAUGACAAAAGUCGCCCGUGCCUAUACGCGUCGGUGUAGGACGUUCCCGUCUGUAGAGGCAUUUGAAAGGAGCCAAGGAGUGCGACGGGUGGACUACCUCUUCGACAAUUACAUGUUCAAAGGCCUUGUGCGGAGCAAGACUGGACAGGAAGACUACGAGAAGCUCAAGCUGUUGGUUGGGCCGAGACAAUCAUAAUGCUAUCUAUAUCUCGGAACAUAUCUCCCAAGAUUCUAUCCUUAUGGCUUCGACGACAACGGCAAUGAUGAUGAAUCCCCACUUUCGC